CGAAAGCCGAGUGCAAUCUUGCCAACGCUGAGGAGAGAGGUCGUGCUGUCGUCGUCUAUGAAGCGCCUCUGAGAUCUUCUCCUCCUGUGUGUUAUUCGAUGACGGGACCGCCCUGCCCAAGAUCAGCAGCAACAGCCUGUGCAAGAGCGGCACGACGAGCCGCCGCGUGAGGUCUUAUCUUACCUCAUAUAAUCUCAGCUCAGCCGAGCCGCUGAUGAGGAGUGGGGUUGUGUUGCUGCUCCAUGCUGCUGUCAACGCGGCCCUCGUGUGCAGCCGGAGAGCCCCGUCCCCCCACCAUGCCAUCAACCACCCAUCGCCGCGACGAGUCACUCAGAGAAGGAGCGACCACCCGCCACUGCCGACAGCAUCAUCAGCCGCACCAGCGCUAUCCCUAUCGCGAGCAGCAGCGGCCUUCGUCUCCCCCCUCAAUGUGCGUCAUCCCCCCCUCUCGCCACCGGGACCUCCAAGAGACUUCCGGUGCGCUGACGAACUCUCGCCCUGUCUGCCCUCUGCAACAGCAACGCCUUCGACGCACACACGACUGCCCUGCACCCCCCAUCGUCCCCGGCCAUCCCUCUCUCGCCCCCAGCGCCCACCCGAUGGCCAGCGCGGCUCGUCCAGGUGGCCGCUCACGAGGCUGUCGCACACGUUUCGCCACCUGGAUCGAAGAAAAGACGCCGCGUGGCAGCGGCUUCCUUCACGAGAGGUGCUGGUGACGUAUGCGCUUCAUGCGCUCAGGGGUCUGUCGGUGCUGGCGGUCAUCGGGCUGCUCGUCAUGGGCGGGGCCGCGGCUUUCGCGGCAGGACCCGCAGCCCCACCCAAACCACUGGCCUUUGGCAAAGGUAAGGCACACACGCGGCGGAUACGACUGCACACCACACGGACUGGCCAGUACAUCACCACAUCGUGAUUUAUGUGUUGUGUGUGGCUCACAGUGUUGGACGCGAAUAUGUCGCCCGUGACGACCAUGAGUCCCAGUGAGUUCGUGCGGUUCGCUGCGGCCGGCGCCAUGUGCUGCGGCAUGACUCACCUGGCUGUCGUCCCCAUCGAUGUCGUCAAGACCAGCGCACAAGCCAACCCCAAGAAAUACAACAAGUGUGUUCGCUACGCUCACAAGUCAGUCGGAAGACGGGCACAUUGUGGGGUGUGUGGGGUGUGUGUGUGUGUAGGGGCUGGCACGGGAACACGGCGAUGCUGUUAGAUGAGUUCGGUCCGAGUGUGCUGAUGCGAGGGGCGGUGCCGACGCUGACGGGGUAUUCGAUCCAGGGGAUAUUCAAGUUCGGCGGCAACGAGCUCAUCAAGAGGCUGCUCAUCGGUGAGGGUGAGAGGAGGAGCCAGGCCAAAGCAAUGCAGGCCAAGGCUUCGGUGGUGGGGGAUGUAUGCGACCAAAGAUGCGUUCGGUCUUCCCUCUCUCCUUGCUUGUAUUGUACGCCUGUCCUGUGUGUGUCAGGUGCGUUUGGGAUGGAGUGGGCGUGUGGGCAUCGCUUCCUCCUCGUGCUCAUGGCAUCAUUCCUAGCCGAGGUAGGUGAAACAACACCACACGCAGAGCAGGACAGGAGCAGCAUGGACACCCUGAUUUCUCUGUCUGUCUGUCUGUGUGGUGCCAUUAGGUGGUAGCUGAUCUGUUCCUGUGUCCGUUCGAGGCGACCAGGAUCCGCAUGGUGGCCGACCGCACAAUGCCCAGAAACCAAGUCGAAGUCCUCGGCAAAAUCGUCCAACAGGUGAGUGACCGGACACACCAGCCAGGGUGGACACACCAGCAGACAGGGUGCAUUGUCAUUAUCAUGUGGUGGCCGGUGGGUCAGGAGGGUAUCUUGGCGCCCUGGAAGGGUCUCGUCCCCCUGAUGUGCCGACAGCUCCCCUACACCAUGGCCAAAUUCGCCACACAAGUAAGCUGAGCCACUCACUCGUGGCGUGGCGGAGAGGAGGUCACUCCUCUCCUCUCCUCUCCUGUCCUGCAUGAUAUUCUUUUCCCCUUCUUCGCGCUCCAUGUCCCUCCCUUUGUGUGUGCACCCGUGUCAGGAUUACCUCCAAAAGACGGCCUACCUGUCCUUCUCCUUCCUGACGCCCCCCAACCUAUGGAUCUCGGUCGGCAGCGGAGUGGUCGGGGGCAUCAUGGCAGGUGCGACACCAGUACAAUAAAUGGGUCGACCUGAGAGAUGCGUGUGGUGUGUUCUGUUCUGUUCGUGUGCAGCGAUAGUGUCCCAGCCGGCCGACACGGUGCUGUCGACAGAGCUCAAGAAGGAGGGCCGCUCGCUCAACAAGGCCAUCAAGAGCAUCUACACCUACAAGGGACUGCCGGGAUUCUUCACAGGCGCGCACAUCAAACCAGCACCACAGCAUAAACACGAUAGACGUCUCUGCGUGUGUGAGGUGAGAUAGAUGUGUUUGGCUGGUGUGUGUCUCACUCACUCAGGUCUGAAGGAGCGGAGUGUGAUGGACGCCAUCAUUGCGGGGGGGCAGUUCUUCAUUUACGACUCGCUCAAGAUCCUGUUGAAGAUCGCACCCAAGGACAUCGUCGCCAGAUGAGACAAAGAACAAGAGAGAGGCGGAGCGGGAGAGACGCAGAGCGGUGUCUGUACAGUCAGAGAGGCCAUGCAUGUGAUGGUAUGGGGUGUGCGAGUGCAGUGGGCGGCGAUCGGUUCACGUCACGUCACCCCAUGUGGUGCUCACUGCACUGCUGGGAGGAUCGGAUCGCUGGAUGGACUUAUUUUUAUCCCACACGGCGCAUCCGAGGAAGCGCCGGUGGUUUCAUUCAUGUGCUCGCCUAGACGGUCCCAUACACUCACGCACGCACACACACAUUCCCGUGCACAUGACAUGAAUGAGACGUCUACCCAUGCCUGGCCUGGUUGCGGCCUUUUGCCGGCCUAUGCACACGUGACGUGUACCCACCCAUCGUCAGUCAGUGUCUUCCUGUCUGUCUGUCUGUCUGCCUUCUUGUCUGCCUGUCUGUCUUGGAUUUUGCAUCCUUAUCGCCACCCACCUUGUGCGUGUACAGUCCCCCGAGCCACCACUUUUUCUCGCCCGCCUUGCCUCCCAUACUGACAUACAAACAAACCUCUCGGCCUCUCUACCUCUAUCGGUCUCUGUCUCCUUUCUUCUCUCCUCUUCCCCUUUGUAGUUGUCUGUCUGUCUGUCUGUCUGUCUGUGGGUGAGUGGGGGCGCUCUGUGUGAGGCCUCUGUACAGACCAGACGAGGGGGGGGGGAGGGAGGGCAGUGAUGCGAUGCUAUGCGGCGACCCAACACGAGUAAGUACGCUUGUGUAGAGCUUGGGAUGGGAGGGCAGAUGAGAUGGCCGGACAAGUGAGGCUAGUCAGUGAAGUGAUCCGCUCGUUCCUGUAGUCCUUCACUCACUGACAGACAGACAGACAGACAGGCAGGCAGACUAGGUAGGUGCGUACGAACGUGAAUGCGGCUCGGCAUAUCCAAGGGUCCACACACGAUGCGAUGGAUGCAUGGGUGUGAUAUCGGUACCUGGUGGCUGGUGGGGCUCGGGAACGGAGCGACUCAUUCACCUUUGGCUGAGAAGGGGUGGGUGGGAUGGCUGUGGCUGGCUGGCUGGUUGGGUGAGAGAUGAGAUGGAGAUGAACUCACAGCCGUUGUAGAGUGAGAUAGCCUGUGGUUGGUGUGGUGUGAUGUAAGGCUGAUUCGCCUUGAUUGGUUCAUGCCUGAAGCAUUCGUGUCAACGUAAGACAAUUCGGUUUACGUGGCCUGGCGUGGCGGUGGUGUGAAUGUCUCUCUCGUCAAUUAGUUCC